GCCCAGGCCACAGGCCCGGUCCGCGCUUGGAAGGCUGGCUCCUAUCCAGGUACCGGAUCCCACCACAUCCCACUGGGGCCUCUCCCAAGGAGUCUCCUCCCUCACUUCCCCCUUCCUCCAACCCUCCUUUGUCCUCCAACCCCUCCCUGCAAGACCCGCUAGGGACCGGAAGAGACUCCACCCCUAAAAACCUAGGCCGCGCCCACAGGGCGCCCAUUUUGUCCCCAGACCGCACCGCCCACCCGUCCGCGGCCCGCGCCGAGUCUGCGCCUGCGCCUGCGCCUGCGCCUUCGGAACCCGAGAUGCCGAAGAAAGCUCUCGUCUUCAUGCGCUAUGGGCCCUACCGUCCUUUGAACCUGACUGUGGAGCACCGCACCUUCCGCCUGCAGGGCCUGCUAGAUGUGUUACAAAGAGCCGGACACCGUGUCAUUCUACAGAAGACAGAAGACUGGGAUGCCCUAGAGCUCAUAGUGAAUGGUGAAGUCGUUUUCCAGUGCAAAAUUAGCGACUUGGACUUUGGAGGUGAUGGCAAAUUAGAUCCACUGUGUGAAAUGGCCAAGCUAGCAGUGCAACUUGCCUACUAAUGAAAUAGACAUAUUUCCCCAUCCACGAGGCAUCCCUCUUGGCUUGGGGUGAUUCCCAACUCCUGGAAUGGCAGGAAACAGGUAGUUUGUGGAGAUGAAAACAACUCACUUGGCAUUUGCCAAGCUGUAGAAUUUGGCUUGUCUCUGGAUGGUCCACGGUUAUGCGAAAAGAACUCCAGGAACUUGGUGCAAAAGCAAAGCAUUUCUAACCUGGCUCCUGGGAAACACAAUGCAUCCGUCUCACACCACAAAUAAUAAUAAUGAUAAUAAGAUUGUGCCUCUCGCAGCAUCUCUCAACCCUGACCUGUAGGGAGGAUGGCUGCAAUUAUGGACUACAGAGUCUAUCAACUGUGGCAUUGAGCUGAAGGAAAAUAAUUAAAUACUGGCUUAUAACAGCAACACCAUCACUCAAUAAUAAUGUUUAGUUGCCAGAAGCUGUGAGGAAUCCAGUCUAUAGUAAGGAAGAAGCUGAGCAAACAUGAAAGUUAAAGAUUUUUGAAGCUAGAAUUGAGUUCUUUGAAAGUCUGAAACCUAAAACUCAGAAUUCUGAGAUGCUUCUUUUGCCCCUACAAUUUUAAUUCAGGGCCUGAUUGUGAAGGAUCUUAAAUACCAGGCUAGGUAGUUUAGAAUUUAUUUGGUAGGCAGUAAGAAGGUUUUAAGCAAAACACUUGAUCAAAGCAGUUCCAUGGAAAGAUUUAGGGGGAUACAGAAGGUACCCCAGAUUUGGUGGUAGUAGUGUAUGUACAGAGUAUAUUGGAAAUGAGAGAAGUUAGAGGCAGCGCUAUCUAGAAGGCUAUUAUAAUUGUCUAAGCAUACUGCAAUAAGAGUGAGAACUAGGACAGUGGUAGUAGAAAUAGACGGGAAGGGUGCAUAUGAGAGAAAUUAUGAAGGAAGAAUUGAUAAGACUUGGUAUCUAAUAGAAUAUGAAGGCCGACACAAUGGGAAAUUCAGGGCAAUGUUUCUAUUACUGGGAUUUGGGGAACUCUCUAGGGUUGAUCAGGCCCCACAGGUUAAAAGGUGAGGUCUGAAGAUGGGGGGCGGGGUGUAAGAAUCAGCUUAAGUUUAUCGCUCCUAUCCACUCCCUGGGUCUGAGUCAUGGCAGCCAGUUUGCUCUAGAAAGACAUUAGCCAGAGGAGCAGUCUUCUUCCUAUAAUACAUUUAGCAUACAUCCAUAUUGCAAAAUAACCAAUUCCCUGCUCUCAUUGGCCUUCCAGCAGCACAUAAUUCCUCCAUUAAUCUAGGGCACUUUUGCUUGGGAGCCUCAGCUAUUAUCUUUGUACCCCAAGACUUCACUUCUCCUAGACACCCACUUUGCCUUUAGAAGAGUGUGAUUGGGGUUUCAAGUUUUUGAAGGGUUGACAUGUGGAAGGAAGGGUCAGACUUGUUCUGCUUAGCUCUAGGGGAGAAAUGAGGACAAGUUGCCAAGAGGCAGAUUUAGGCUUCAGGGAAAGCUUCCUAACGAUUAGAACUCCACAAAAGCAGAAUGUGAAGCCUCAAGAAAUCAAAGAUUCCCAUCACCGAGAGGAGGAGAUCUACUUAUUUAGAAUGCUUUGGACUAGAUGACCUCUGAUGUCUUUCCCUUCCAACUCUGAGGUCCUGGGAUAAUUGAAUUAGUACUGUAAAAUUAUCUAAAAUUAGUCAGCUAAAACAAGAAAAUUAAACGCUUUGGGCCAUUAAUAUGAGCAAAACCAGGUGUCUUAGAAGGGGAAAAAUGAAAAGAUUUAUAAGAGGAAGAAUUGGAAACAUAAUAUGGUCUUUAGAGAAAAUAACAACUAAAAUGUGGCAACAAACACAGAGUGAACAAAGAUUUAACAUAUAAUCAGUGUAGGAAAUAAUCAUGCCCAAAAUGCUUUGUUUUGUUACCAUUUUGGAACCAUGCACUAAUUCUGAAAUGAACGUCCGUAGGCAUUUAGUCAAGCAAGCUGUUUUACCCAUGGACUUCAAAUUAGGAAUCUUUAGAAACACAUAAUCCUUUCUCUAGUGGGGGAAACCAAGGGAAAAUGCAGUGUUCUUUAGUUCCCAUUUCCAGUUUUGUAUAAGCUGCAAAUUUGACAAGCAUACCACCUGUCUUGAUCCAAGUCCUUAAUAAAAAUAUUUAAAGAGGGCCAAAGAAGGAGUCCUGCAGCACCCUACUGGAAACCCUCCUCAGGACUUAUAUCAAUAUUCAGUUGAUCCUUUCACACAACCAGCUCUAAAUCUAGCUCAUUAAACAAUUGUUUGUCACUUGUUUAAUACUGUUUGAUAUCUUGAUGGGUUUUAUUAAAUGCUUCAUUAAAAUUCA